GCAUGCUUGAUCGCAGCAACACAACUUUCUACGUGAAGCGAUUAAAUCAACGUGAUUCUGAUCGAACAAUAGUAUAAAGCAACCCAUCGUGGAAGAAGCAUUAUCAAGCACACAGUCUCUGUGAAAUAUUUUCUAAGCAGUGAAUAUCAAAACUACGAGUUUUCGACGGCAGCACGAUGUUAAAUACUUUACAGCAUAGACAACAUACAGUGAAGAAGAUUACGGUGAAUCAUAUAGACGUCUCGAAGAAGAACAAAGAAUUAUUCGACUUCCCUAAAUUGUAUAAUCGGUCGGCAGUAAAAACUAAAAGAGUAAUUGCUCAGCAGCUCUUGCAAGAAUAUCUGUAUAACAGUUCGGUGCAUGGCAUGAAGUACUUCAGUAAAUUGCAGAUAAAAUCCAGCAUUAUCGGAAAGCUCUUUUGGACUUCAAUCAUGAUUUGCAGCUUUGUGUUUUUAACUUUGAUGCUCCAGAAAUUCUGGACGCGGUACAGCACCAAUCCGACCCGCAGCAUCAUUCGAUCGUUUCAUAUCCCAAUAUUUAGAGCCCCCUUCCCAGCUCUUACCAUUUGUCCACUGAUACCGCCGAUGUCUUCGAGACGCAGAAAAGUAUUUGAAAGUUUACGUUUACCGCACGGUAUGAGUAACGCUACCGGGAGAUUUCUAGUCAGAUACGGACCCGCAUUUGCGAAUGAGAAUGCCCCUGGUGGUAAAGCACAUUUGAAGGACUUGAAGUCAUUGUUAAAGCUAAAUAAUAUGUCGCUGAUAGAUUUAAUAAUAGCCUUGCGACCUUGCGAAGACAUAUUUGAAUCCUGUGCGUGGAACGACGUUAAUAUGAAUUGCAGCGAGCUGUUCAAAGUAUCUUACACUUUCACAGGUAUAUGUUGUUCUUUCAACUAUCUUCUUGAAGAUUACAUACAAAAUGGCAGUAAUACGGAAAACCUCAAGAAUCUUCUUACAACCCCUCUGUACGGCCCAAAUUCCGGUCUUACGAUUCUUUUAAACCGAAAUUUUUUGGUCGAGGAUGACCCCACGGAAGAAAAAUAUGUAAAAUAUUCAACAAAUUCCGUCGGUCUUGUGAUGUUCCCUCAUCAUCCUCUGGAAUAUGUCACCACCUUAGCUACUAGACAAAUUCUACAAACCGAACAAGAAUUACAGAUCUCCGUAACUCCAUUUAUCAAGAAAAAGCUUGAAGGGUACUACGAAGAAAAUUCUCGCGGUGAAUUGGUUCCGAAUUGUGCAGACGAGAGUACUAAACUAAAGUAUUUUCCCUUAUAUCGAUAUUCCAACUGCUUUACCAGCUGUUCUAUCGAGGCUGUUCUGCAAGCCUGUAGUUGUGUGCCAUAUUACUACACGCCUGUAGCCAAGAAAUAUUCUUUAAAAAUUUGUGACUGGACAGAUGUCGAGUGUCUUUAUAAGAACUCGAACGAUACGCGGAUUAUUCAGAAUGUUGUUACAGAAAAUUUGACGUGCGAAUGUUUAACUCCUUGCUGGAAUGUAGUGUACGACUUGCGAACUUCCACGCUCGAGUUAAAUGGCGACCACGAUUUUAAUCCUCCGUUGUACAAAAAUCUUUCAGACGCCCAAUCUGUUCUAAGAAUAUUCAUGAGAUCCGAGACAUUUAUGGAAAUGGAUACAAUCCCAGUCGCCGAUGAAUUGUAUUUGCUAUCAUCGCUGGGCGGGAUAUUCAGUCUUUUCCUGGGUUGCAGCUUCAUAAGUGUCAUCGAGAUUUUGUACUUUCUAGGAUUGUUUCUUUGUUCCACAUACAAGAAAUCAAAAUAAUCGUCGAUCAGAACUUUCACAAUGUAAAUCCGAGUGCAAAUUAAAGGGGAGAAAGGCUAACUACGCGGACACUAACAAGUUG